UUUGCUAAAAAAAAACAAAAAGCCAUGGCCAUAAAAGAACACACCUACGAAGUCAAACUCGGAGUCGCGGCCAAGAGAAUCUUCAAGGCCGUGACGUCCGAGUCCUACAACAUCAUACCGAAAGCGAAUGCACAUGUCAAGAACGUCGACAUACUUCAAGGCGACGGCGGGGUUGGAUCCAUUCGACAAGUGAAUUUCCAUGAUGGUUUUUAUAUAAAAAAUCGGAUUGAAACAAUCGAUACUGAGAAUAAAAUCAACAAGUUUGCAAUCAUCGAAGGAGGAGGCCUUGGGGACAAGUUCGACUUGAUUGUCCACACACACAAGUUCGAGGAUUCAAGUGAUGGGGGUUGUGUUGUCAAAAUAGUCGUUGAGUACCACUCGAAGGGAGAUGCCGAAGUGACUCAAGAAGACAUUAAAGAUGAAGACCCGAAGUUCUUAAAAAUCAUUGAGAAAUACCUCAUUGCCAACCCCGAAGCUUGUGCAUGAUGAUUACGAUAUAUAUCAUCAAUUCUCAACUUUAAAGAAUUUAUCGACCUCGUUCGUGUGUGUCAAAUAAGAGAGACUCUUGGUCGUUGUUUGUGUUCUUAUGAAUUAAGGGUCUUUCCUAAGAAGCUUGUAAGUUUUAAGUUUCGAUUUUCAUGGUUUGUCUUUGAGUGAAUGAUAAUUUUCUU